CGCUGAGGGCUGCGGCGGGAGCAUGGCGCAGCCGCCGCCGUUCCCUGCUCGCCUCCCACCGCCCUUCCGCGCCUUCCCGCCGCCCUUCCCCGGCCCCUCCGUCCGCCCAGCGCCCUUCGCGGUAGGGCCGGUGGCACCCCCGCCUUUCUUCUUGCCGCCGCCGCCGAGUGCGGGUGAGGGGGGACCGCGCUUCCCGCCGGGCGUCCCCUACUUAGCGGCGGCCCCGCCGCGGGCAGCGGCCGAGGAGGAGGCGGUGCAGCGGCAGCAGGAUGAGCUGUGGCUCUCGCAGUUCCUGGGCCGCCGCCGCGCCGCUCCCCCGCCGCCGCCGCCGCCCGCCGCCGCCAGCCCCAGCAGCGCCCGGGCCGUGGCGGUGGCGGCGCUGGCGGGGGUGGCCCGGGUGACCGCGCUCUGCCGGGCCCUGCGGCGCAGCGAGGAGCAGGGCGACGAGCCGGGCUGGGCGCGGGCGCGGGAGGAGGCGGAGGCGGCGCUGCGGGAGCUGCGGGAGGUCGUGCGGCCCCUGCGGGAGCCCGGCUACGGCGAGGCGCUGCGCAGGAAGGCCGAGAGGGCGAGGAAGAGGAGGCUGCGCCUGCAGCGGAGGAAGCUCGAAGCUAGGGCGGCCAAGGAGGAGGCGGCGGCCCGGGCCGCCGAGCGGGAGGCCAAGAUCGACCAGUGGCGGGCUAAGUGCAUCCAGGAGGUGGAGGAAAAGAACAGGGAACAAGAGCUGAAGGCUGCCGCUGACAGUGUCCUGUCAGAAGUCAGGAAGAAACAAGCAGACACAAAGAGGAUGACGGACGUCCUGCGCGGGCUGGAGAAGCUUCGGAAGCUGAGGAAAGAAGCUGCUGCCAGGAAAGGUGUUUGUCCACCUCCUUCAGCAGAUGAAGCAUUUGAAAAUCAGGUGGAGAGUCUCAAAACGUUGCUCAAAACUCGCACAGAACUGUAUGAAGCUGAGGAAAGAGCAUUAAGGGUUAUGCUGGAGGGAGAACAGGAGGAGGAAAGGAAGAGGGAAAUGGAAAAGAAACAGAAGAAGGAAAGGGAGAAACUACUACAGCAGAAACUGGAAAUGGAUUCUAAGCUCUUUGGGGAUCCAGCUGAAUUCCCCCUUGCCCACCUGCUGCAGCCUUUCAGAGACUACUACUUACAAGCUGAACAUUCUGUAGCAGCUUUAAUCCAGAUCAGGCAUGAAUGGGAUCAGUACUUGGUGCCAGCUGACCACCCCGAAGGAAGCUGCAUCCCUCCAGGAUGGGUUCUCCCGAGUCUCCCCACCAGUGACACCUGGGCCACUGCUGUCAGAUAAUUUUGCAAUAAAUUAUUUCCACGUUG